AUGUUUCCGCCGCAGAAAUUAGCAUCGUCUGUUGAUCUUAGCGUAUGGAUGUCACCAAUUAUACACCAGGAUGAUACCAAAACUUGUUGUGCCAAUGCAUUUGCGACCAUUUGUGAGUAUUUAAUCCGACGGACAAAUAACUGCCCAUAUACAAUGCCGUGUAUCAAUCUAUCCCGGUUAUUUAUCUAUUACAACGGACAACGAAAAGAACAGAAAACACGUCAUGUUCAAGAUCUCGGCGUUCACCAACGAAAUAUUGCGUUAAGUAUGAGAAAACAUGGCAUAUGUGAAGAAGAAUUCUGGCCGUAUCGAAUGCGUUUAUUAAAUAAACAACCGUCUGCGGCUGCAUAUCGCCAAGCAAAAAAAUAUACAGUUAAUUUACUUUCUGUCCCGGUUACUAUCGAAGCGAUUGAAACAUGUCUACAUAAUCAAAUUCCGGUGCCGAUCGACAUUAUCAUGGACGAUGAAACUGAACAGAUCAUCAAAACUAAUCACGGAUUUUUAGACAUACAAAAACUAAAAGACAAACGAAUCGAUAGAAACAAUUUACAUACUGUGUUGAUCGUUGGUUAUGAUAGAAAAGAAAAGUAUUUUAUCAUGCGAAACUCAUGGGGAGUAGCUUGGGGUUCUAAUGGUUAUUUCUAUGCGCCGUAUGAGUUUAUACUGAAUCGACGUCGUGUCAGUCAUGCCGAUCAUUUAUGGACUGUGACAAGAAUCAUACCACGUCCAUCUAAAUUACCUCGCGUCUGUCAAUUAAUUGUACCUGAAUCGAAAGAAGACAAAUACAAUUAUUGA